AUGUAUAGAGAUAGCACCAUAUUCGACAGCUUAACAAACAUAAAACUGAAGAAAAACGAUCUUAUUUGCACCGGUCGGAACAAAUUCAUAGUUCAAGAUUAUUUGGGGUGUGGCACGUUUGCUGACGUAUACAAAAUUGAGGACCUGUAUUCAAACAACCAGUUUGCUAUAAAAAUAUUUAAAAGCGGCACGUGUUACCUAAAGGUGGGGAUGAACGAGGCCUUUUUGCUCAAAAAAUUGAGGAACUACCGCAGCCAUUUUGUGGUGUUUUACGAGGAGUUCUUCUACAAGCAGCACUUCUGCAUUGUUGAGCAGCUGCUUUCCAACAAUUUGUACGAGUUCAUAAAAUAUACGAAUCACCAGGGCUUUGACCACGGUAUGACAAAGAAUAUAGCGAUACAGCUUUUGAACGCGCUGUUUAUUCUACAAAUGGAGGGAAUAACGCAUGGCGAUAUAAAGCCGGAAAACAUAUGCCUUGACAGGAUCGAUGACAAGAGCUUUAAGGUCAAGAUAAUUGACCUGGGGUCCUCCUUCAUUCAACCCAAAAAGAAUUCGUUUUACAUACAGAGUAGGUAUUAUAGAGCGCCAGAAACCAUUCUGGGACUGAAUUACGGACAUGGAAUCGAUCUUUGGUCAUUUGGAUGUGUCAUCUACGAGAUAUUCACCGGUUUACCUCUGUUUCCUGGAAAAAGUAACAAAGAACAAAUCAUGAGAUACACCAAGCUGCUAGGAAUGCCGCCAAUUGCAAUGCUGGAGAACGGAAAAAAUGCGCAGCUGUACUUUUACAAGAAAGAUGACGAUAUGGCAAAGAGCUGCGGCACGUGGCACAACUUCUACGACAGAAACGAGGAUACGUUUGGUAUCGUAACGAACAAGGAGAACAACACGGAUUUUUUGGAUAACACAGCGGGAUUCGCGCAUCCAGGAAAGUCGCACGACUACAAAAUGUGUUAUGGCGAAACGAAUGAUGACAAGGAUUACCUCACUAUGUCAGGAUUUCGCAAGUCCAUUACAUCAAGGUCAAGAAACAAGAUAGAUAACGCCAAUUUUAUAGAUUUUCUGCUUUCCAUACUGAAAAUGCAUCCCAUGGAACGGCCAAUUAUCGAAGAUCUCAAGGAGCACCCCUAUCUCGUGAUAACAGAUAUAAGACACAAAAGAAUACAAAAUCUGGGAAAAGCACACAGAAACAUUGUCAAUCCGUUACCGCAGGAGCAAAAUGUGAGGAGAAAAUCGGAGUACGGCAUAAGAACGCUGAAGGUUACAAAUCAACCGAGCAGAAAGUUUUCGGUGUAUGAGAAUUUAAGUGAUAGUGAGGAGGAUGAAUAAAAGGCUAUUCUAUGUGAGCAUGUCCUCAUGUGUUUUAUGUCAACAGUUCGGUACUUUAUGAUCCUCCUUUAUUCUUGUCCCAUACCAUUUUUUCUGUAUUUAACAUUCUUACGAAGGAAUAGCAAAUAAUUCACAGGAUGGUCCCACGAAUUGUU